CUCACAAUCAUUUUCCCAAUUUUCUGCGUCUCCUCGUCCCUGUUCACAUUUGUCCAUGGUGAUCGACAAGAGUGCUUCAAUCCUCAAAGAUCCGUCAAUAAGCGAAAUCCCUUGCCUUGUAUGCAAGCCUUCCCAAAUCAAUUGGCAUUGCGGAAUGUUUGCCGCCGCAAAAUUUCCACCGUUUUGUCUGACGCCAAGCAGGACCAGGACUAAAUCGUUCGUGCCGUCGGUAGGACCACCAGAUGCGGAACAUGUUAGGUAACAUAAAUCAUUAAGCUGCUAACAUGCAGAUAAGUCUGGCGUGUCUCAUUCGUAGUCCGGCGGAGUACGACUCUUCCUCCGUUGAUGUUCUCGCAGGGCGCAAAGGGGGCGCGCGCAUGGUCGGCUCAUUGUGUGUAAUUUCCCCCGCUCAUGCGACAGACGAUCAGCAGCAGACAGUUGCAACGUCGGGCUUCCCCGCGCCGUGGUUGACUCGAUGCAUGAUUCUGUAUGGAGCGCAUGUAGAUUGGGACCCAUCAGUCCAUUGUCCUUCCCUGAUAACCGUAGGAUGUAGCGUGUCUUGGCCACAGCUGUGCUUAUCUCCCUCGAUUCCUGUCGGAUGUCCGGUGGAAGAACGUGGCAAGUGAGGCAAUUGAGGCAAUUGUGCUAUUCGAUCAUGAUGGGGGAGAGGAUGGGAUCAUGACUGUAACCUGGGGGAUUAGUUCAUUAGACAUCCAUUGAGGUAUGCAGUCCAGGAUGUAGCUAUGAGCAUGGUCGCAAUGGCCUCAGAUGCGACUGCUGGUGCUCAUGGCGCGACAGUAGAGACAGAACUCUCGAGACAUUCCUAAUUGGGGGUGGAGUUCAUAGCCGACCGGCUCAAGCCGCCCAGAAUAGGUCAGAGGCGGAGUUGCCUGGACUGAUCAUCCGGGCUAUCGUAUGGAGUAGUGGCCAUCAGGCAAUCUCUGGGGUUGGAUUUCUAAUGCACUUUCCCAGAGUACUUCAACUCUCUGCUGUUAAGAGUAAGUGAACAA